UUUAUUUCUUCACUGCACUAGAAUGUGUUGUUUACUAACUUUUCUCCUGUCUCUACACAAAGCCACUUCUCCUUCUGCUGUGUCUUUGUUCCCAGCAGUUACUGGCCCAGAGUGGCACCCACAGCAGAUACCCUGGACAGUGACUGAACUGUUCUGAAAAAUCCAAGUAUGAAUUAUCUGUCAAACAAUACUUCUUCCUGGGAAUAUGUGCUACGUGUAAAUCAAAAUCUCACCCAAAAACAUCUGACACCUAUGAGGACUGUAAAAUCCAUGGAAAAAAAAAUGAUAUGCACAUUUCUAAAUGUGUUCCAGGCCAAAAUCUCAACGUUAAAUGGUGAAGCUGAGUUACAAACCAUCCUUGCACAAUUUCAAAAAGUUCCUGAUUAUGGUUCCUUCAUAAGAGGUUCCUCUCUUCAGCUCUUCCCUUCUGAAAAAAGAAAGCCAACUUUCCUUUCAAAUACACACCCCAACCUGCCCCGGCACACACAGAAAUGGGAACUGUGAGCAGAAGCAACAUCGCACGCCAUCUGCAAACCAAUCUAAUUCUAUUUUGUGUCGGUGCUGUGGGCGCCUGUACUGUCUCUGUCACACAACCAUGGUACCUAGAAGUGGACUACACUCACGAGGCCGUCACCAUAAAGUGUACCUUCUCCGCAACCGGAUGCCCUUCUGAGCAACCAACAUGCCUGUGGUUUCGCUACGGCGCUCAACAGCCUGAGAACCUGUGCUUGGAUGGGUGCAAAAGUGAGGCAGACAAGUUCACAGUGAGGGAAGCCUUCAUAGAAAACCAAGUUUCCCUCACUGUAAACAGAGUGACUGCAAACGACAGUGCAAUUUACAUCUGUGGAAUAGCAUUCCCCAGUGUGCGGGAAGCAAGAGCUAAGCAGACGGGAAGAGGGACCACACUGGUGGUAAGAGAAAUUAAGCUGCUCAGCAAGGAACUGUGGAGCUUCCUGACAGCUCUUGUAUCACUGCUCUCUGUCUAUGUGACUGGUGUAUGCGUGGCCUUCAUACUCCUCUCCAAAUCAAAAUCCAAACCUCUAAGAAACAAAGAAAUAAAAGAAGACUCACAGCAGAAGAAGAGUGUUCGGCGUAUUUUUCAGGAAAUUGCUCAAGAACUAUACCAUAAGAGACAUGUGGAAACAAACCAGCGAUCUGAGAAAGACAACACCACUUAUGAAAACAGAAGAGGACUUUCCAACUGUGAAAGACCAUAGAAACGUUUUAAUUUUCAAUUAAGUCACUCAAAAUCCAACUCCAGGAACCAUGGCAGUGUUAAUGAACAUAUAUCAUCAGGUCUUAAAAAAAAUAAAGGUAAACAGAAAAGACAACUGGCUACAAAGAAGGAUGCCAGAAUGUAAGGAAACUAUAACUAACAGUCAUUAUCAAAAUACCAAAACCCAACAAAAUACAACUGAAAAAUACCUUCCAAAUUUGCCAAGAAAAAAAAAAAUUCUAUUUUAAACAUG